AUGCUUCUCUUAUUGGCAUCGCUCGAACUAAUGGCAUGACGCCUGUUUUACAAAGCAAUGAUAUACUCAGAAAAAUAUUUCAAAUCCCAGAGAGCGUCCCACGAGAAAUGCCGGCAGGUGCGGCAAUGGCUAAAUUCCACGAGAAGCAAUAUGCCUUCUACGACAACAGGACGGAGGGACUUCACGCGCUACGCAAGAGUGUCCAAUUAAAAACCUAUUUCCAGUCGUGGAAAUAUUUCAAAGACGUUGGAGAUGAAUUGAGACGACACUUUCGAUUUAGAAAGGAGCUUGAAUUCCGAAACAAAAUCGACGACUUCCUAACUACGGGAGCUUCUUCUGUCGGCGUGGAUGCCGCCAAAGGCGACGUUGUAUACGUAGGCGUUCACGUUCGUCACGGCAAGAGCAUGACGCUUAAUAGUGACAAGGGUUAUAACGUCGCCCCACCAGGCUACUUCGCCAAAGCUAUGGCUUAUUUCGAAACUAGGUACAACAAUAUAGUUUUCGUGGUCGUUUCUGAUGAUCUUGCAUGGUGCAAAGACAACGUCCAACACCCACGUGUUAUUUAUAGCUCCUUCGCUAAGGAUGGCGCCUUAGACCUGGCUCUUCUGGCAAGUUGUAAUCACACCAUCAUGUCAGUGGGGACGUACUCGUGGUGGGGUGCAUGGUUGGCGAGAGGCGACGCCGUUUACUACAAAGACUGGCCUCUGAAAAACACCAAAAUAUUCUACGAAACUAACCACGAGGAUUAUUUUUUGCCGACUUGGGUUGGGAUAUCAGUAUAACGUUCUGACUGCAGUGUUUUCCCGUUCCACUAACGAGGAAACACUAAUAAGAAUUGUUUAUUCUAGAACUAUUUCUCAAAUGUAUUUUCGCUAAAAAAAGUUCGAAAUUUCAAUACAGUGUAGAAUCAAUCAGCUUUGUUUUAAUUUUAUUGCCUCCUCAAGAAGAUCAGUUGAUUAUAUCCAGGAAUAACAAGACAGUUUAUUGAAGGAAUGCUGGUCUGGUAAUAAAUACUUACCUACUAUAUAGACAAUAGAUAAAUGUAAGAAAAUAUAUGAUAUUCAUAUUCACAGAAUGCCAAAUACUUCUCCGUCGUAGGUUUAAUUCCAACCACAUUUCAGGCAAGGAGAGAUAAAGAGUGACAGUGCAUUGUGUUAAAAUUGAUAGACCGUGAGAUGACUUCUGUGGGGCUAAUUGUAUCUCGGCAACAACCUACAUUUGCAUCGCCUGGGUCACUGUUGGUGCCUGUUGAAUGUGGACGAAAAUGAAGUCGUCUUCGGGUGUAUAGGAUUCUCUA